CGUUCGUUUGCAGCAUCGCGGUCUAUCUUACCUCCGGCUUCAGGUCCAAUGCAUAGCCCUCAACUGAUCGGAUAACCUCGGGCUGGUCACCUUUUCGCUCUCAGUUUUGCAUACUGGUCCAUCACGAAGUGAAGGUAUAUAACGGAGAUUUUACUCAAAUCUCCAAUCCGGGUUUGAUCAUGGCGCAGUCGGUAGCUGGCGGUUAUCCCCAGCCACCCUCUUCCCCUCCUCCGGUGUAUCUCCGUUCUUCCCCUCCCAUCCCCCCCGUGCAUCGUGAAAUGGCCCGACGCGACAGCUCCAAUCACCUAUCGAGCACAAACCCUCGCCGGAAGUCGCUGCCGGUCCCCUCAUUAACGGCGCAAAAUGAGAGACAAAGUCAACCAUACUCGGUUCCACGAGUGAGAAUUCAAGGCGAGAGUGACCAGCCCGUGGUGCACGUUCACGAUGAUGAGACGGACCUGCCUACGGAUUCGUUUGCUAAUUUAUCCGUCUCGGAGGAGCCUCAGGCGCAUGAAAAGAGCAUCAACGGGUCAUCCCCCCACCAGGCGGAUAUGCAUGGAGCCCCGCGGCCACCAGAACAUGCGACAUACGGGCACACACCCACCAGCAGCGCCUCGUGGUCGGUGGUAGAUCCCCAGGCUCAAGACGAUAGUCUGGCAAAUACCAGCACAUCAUCCUUGGACCAAGGUGCCGCCAAGGACAGUGAAACCAGUUCCCCGCGGGACAGUCUCGACAGCGCAGGACAAACAUCGGAAUUCUGCGAGCCACUGCACUACCACCAUCGCCCUUAUGAAGCUCCUCAGCCCACCAAUCCGUCAUCAUCCAGUGGCUCGACCGAAAAUCUUCCCAAAGCGAACAGUCGGCCAGGUGCCAAGCAUCGCUCGCAAUCGACGUACUCGAUCGGUUCGGACCUGGGUGACAGGCGGAGGUCUUCCCAGCCCUCCCCAUACCUCCUCGCCAAUGGAGCAUCCAGGGACUCUAGCGUAUCUCCGGACGUCCGGCCCGUGUCAUUUGUCGAACAGCUUAACAGUUGUUAUCCUCAACCCGGCCCUGCGCCUGUACAAUUCGGCAAUUCCCAUCUGCAAUCCGCCGUCGGUAAUAAUGCCUCCUUGCUCAGUCACAAACAAACUUUUGAUAUGUAUCUGGCCAACGUCAAGAAAACUGAUGACCCGGCGAUUCAAUAUGAGUUUGCGAUUUUCAUGGUCAAUGCGAUGCUAGAAAUGCCUCCUGACGGGGUGCAAGGCCAAACGGCCGUGGAAAUCACUCGCGCAAGCCUGUUGCGAGAGUCCAAGUCAAUCCUCCAGCGUCUGUCAGACCGCAGCUAUCCCUUUGCCCAGUACUAUCUGGCUGACGGGUACGCCUCGGGGUUGUUCAACAAAGGAAAUGAGGAUUACGAUCGGGCAUUCCCAUUGUUCCUGGCGGCAAGCAAACAUGGACAUGUUGAAGCAUGUUAUCGGACGGCGCUGUGCUACGAGUUCGGAUGGGGUACCCGAGUUGAAGCCACCCGAGCGCAGCAGUUCUACCGCCAAGCCGCAUCCCGAAACCAUCCGGGUGCCAUGUUACGGAUGGCCAAAGCCUGUCUGGCCGGUGACAUGGGGCUGGGAAAGCGGUAUCGGGAAGGAAUCAAGUGGAUGAAGCGUGCCACGGACUCCUCCGAUGUGCAGUACAAUUCCGCUCCUUAUGAGUUGGGACUCUUACACGAAUCGGGCUAUGGCGAUGACGUAUUUCCCGAUCCUUCCUAUGCAGCCCAGCUGUUUACCCAAUCGGCGGAUUUGGGCCAUGUGGAGGCCAGCUAUCGCUUGGGUGAUGCGUAUGAGCAUGGCAAACUCAACUGCCCUCGGGACCCGGCUUUGUCAAUUCAUUUCUAUACGAAUGCUGCGCAGGGCGGACAUCCUCUGGCCAUGAUGGCACUAUGUGCCUGGUACCUCAUUGGCGCAGAGCCUAUCCUCGACAAGGAUGAGGAUGAAGCAUAUGAAUGGGCCAAGCGUGCGGCGGAGACCGGCCUUACGAAGGCGCAAUAUGCAGUGGGGUACUUUACGGAGACCGGUAUCGGCUGUCGGCGAGAUCACCUGGCCGCCAACGCUUGGUAUGUAAAGGCAGCCGAACAAGGCGACGUGCGGGCCAAGCACCGCAUUGCUGCCAUUCGAGCCGCUGCCGACGGGAUCAAGCCUGAAAAGGCCAUAUCGGAUGCUGCAAACCAGGAAAAGAAGACAGGAAAGACGAAGCGAUUUCGUAUAUUCUAAGUGAUCUACUACUACCUUGAGGGCACACAUGCAUCUCAAUACAUCUUACCUAAACCAUCUGUUGGACAAGGCAUCUACACAGUCAUUGGGCGCACAUACUGGCAUUUCUUCUUUUUGAUUUAGUCAAGCG